UCUCCGUAUUCUCCAACGACUGGAGAGUGAGAGCACCGCGCGCAGAAAACGGACUACAGUAUUCCUGAGGAGUUUGGAGUUCAGAAAUGAGUAUACAGGACUAAACAGCACGGAAUUGAGAAGUAAUACACAAGGUGAUACUUUGAAAGCUAAUAUUCCAUUUGAAAACAGCCGGACAUAGGCUAUAGGCCAAGACCCCAAGGGGAGCGUCGUAAGAGGUGACGCAGCCAUGCAGCACUACGGAGUGAAUGGAUAUUCUCUCCACGCCAUGAACUCACUAAAUGCCAUGUACAAUCUUCACCAGCAGGCGGCGCAGCAUGCCCAGCACGCGCCCGACUACCGGCCGUCCGUGCACGCGCUCACGCUGGCAGAGAGACUGGCUGACAUAAUCCUCGAGGCCCGGUAUGGCUCCCAGCACAGGAAGCAGCGGCGCAGUCGCACAGCCUUCACUGCCCAGCAGCUGGAGGCCCUGGAAAAGACCUUCCAGAAGACCCACUACCCUGACGUGGUGAUGCGCGAACGCCUGGCCAUGUGUACCAACUUACCAGAGGCCCGUGUGCAGGUGUGGUUCAAGAACCGCCGCGCCAAGUUCCGCAAGAAGCAGCGCAGCCUGCAGAAGGAGCAGCUCCAGAAACAGAAGGAGGCCAACAGAGAGGGAGGUGACGAGGAAGAGGUCAAGACCACCGACCCUUCCACCCAGACAUCUCCAUCCUCCCUCUCRGAGACCAUGCGGCCCCAGCCUGCGGAGAUGAGUGUGGAGGUGAACGUCACCUCCCCGGAGGCCUCGGACAGCGAGUCGGCUGCAGAGGACAACGGUGAAGGAGAUGAGGAGCUGAUGUGGGAGAGGCUGCAGGAUACUCAGCAGCAUCAGGGGGAGGUGCAGCAGGGGGGUGCAGGGCUGCAGCUGGGAGGAGGAUCUCCAUCCUGCAAACGCUUCAGCCCCACACCAGACUCUCCCCUGGGCUCUCCCUCCCUCCCCUCCUCUAGCGGUGGCGUGGGUAGCAGUUGUGUGUCCCAAGGCUCCUAUGCCUCGUCCCCCCUCAGCCUCUUCCGUCUGCAGGAGCAGUUCCGCCAGCACAUGGCUGCAACCAACAACAUGGUCCACUACCCCUCCUUCGACAUGGGUACCCCCUCCUCACUGCCCUACCUGGGCAUGAACGUCAACAUGCCCUCCCCCCUGGGCUCUCUGCCCUGCCAAUCCUACUACCAGUCCCUGUCCCAGGCGUCCAUGUCCCAAGUGUCCAUGUCCCAGGCCCAGCAGGUGUGGAACAGCCCCUUGACGGGUCUCCAGGCCCCUCCGAGCAGCCUACCCAGCCUCAACAGCAAGACCACCAGCAUCGAGAACCUGCGUCUGAGGGCCAAGCAGCACGCUGCCUCCCUGGGCCUGGACAUGCUACCCAACUGACCCCCAGACUGACCUCCCCCCCAGGGCAGGGCAGCUACCUGGGACACAGUCAGAUGUUAUGACCCUUUCUACUGACUGGACAUUAUAGACACUGCAUCAGUUUUGUACACUGGGACUGCCUAUUAGAUAAGAACCCUACCGGACUAUACUUAUUUGACAUCCUUGCAGGUGAGAUACAUAGACCCAGUGCAAUCUCACUACUAUACUGAACAAAAAUAUAAAUGGAACAUGUAAAGUGUUGGUCCCAUGUUUUAUGAGUUGAAAUCAAA